UCUCAGAGUCAUCAUCGUCCUCCACACCUUCCUCUGUCUGUUUGAUCAGGAUAUUCUGAUCAUUCUCCUCAGAAGAAACACCAUGGUCAACAAUAGCACUUGGUCCUCCGGUGGGGGUACAGCAUGCAACAACUCUUCCUUUUGCUGGGGCCAAAACACCAAUGGCACCAAUAGUUGGGGCAUGCUACCAUUUGGUGAGUUUUUCUGGUCAUUCCUCAGCAUGAGCAUGGACGAGGUGAUGCACCAGUGUCGCAUACUUGGCAAUUCCACUGUCUGGUUGAGCAUCAAGAUCUUCAUUCUGCUUACGGGUCUUCCAGCCAACCUGGGCCUGCUGUGGAUGUUGAUGAGCAGCAAGAAGGCCCUAUCAGCCUCCGAGGUCCUGGUCCUCAACUUGUCCAUCCUGGACAUCCUGUACUGCCUCUGCCUGCCUGUGGACAUCUACACUGCCAUGCACCACGACACGUCCAAACAGAUGCUCUCAGCGGCCAGAGCCCUCUCGGCCCUCAACAUCUUCGGCUGUCCUCUCCUGCUGGCCUGCAUGUGUGUGGAGCACUAUCUAGUGGCAGCGCGGCCCGUGGCCUACAUGCGACUGGGGAAGUGGAAGUACCAUGCUGGGGUGUGCGCCCUGGCAUGGCUCCUCACCCUGGUGGUGAUGCUGCUGGCCUACUUCCAGGGGGUGUUCUCCAUAGCUCUGUACUUUGCCGUCACCAUUUCAGUCCUGUUCCUGAUCAUGCUGCUGUGUCUGGUGGGCAUCAUGUGGUCGUUGUGCCAGAGUGGGACUGGGGAGGGCUCUGGGGAGGGGUCGGGGGGCAGCAUGAACCUUUUAAGGAGAUCUCUGAAGAACAUCUUGCUCAUCCUGGUGCCCUCGGCGGUGGCCUACACUCCUCUAGUGGCCCUGGUGCCCUUCAUGUCUGUGUGGCACCCAGAGAAGGAGGACCAAGUGGCUAACCGCAUACACUGCUGCAUUCUCCAGUUGCUCCUGGCCGUCCCCAACUUCGGCCUGUACAUUGGACCCUUGUUCUACAUGUCCCGCUUCAGACAGCUGCUCCCCUGCUGCAGGAAGGGGGAUAAUAAAGUGCUAGCAGACUCCAAGACGCAGGCAGAAUAGGCUCUCUUUCAGGUGUAUUUAGAUAUACAGGAAAUAGUUCAAUCUCCCUGUGAUCCGGUAUGAAAUGUAUAUUUAUGACAGUUACCAAGUUAAAUAUGUUUGAGUCGUGUUUAUAUUUUUCUAGCCUGGUCAACACCAACUAGGCACAAAUGGGUUGAAUCAACAUUCUUUCAACGUAAUUUGUUAAUAUAUUGUGAUGUGGAGUCUACGUGGAAAAUACAUUGGAUUUGAAAAAAGUAAACUGUUGUUUUGAGGGUGAAAUGUUAUCCACAUAUGGUUAUGUCAUCAUGGUAACCACAUUUCAACAAAGUAAAAUCUUGUAUAAAAUAUGUUGAAUUUGUAUCUUCAAUGUUAUAUCCACUAUCAGAAAAAAAACUAUAAGCUGGGCAGAAACUCCUACAGGAGAAUGUAUAUAUCUACAGCUACUCUUUGGUCUCCCAUCCAGGGUAUUAACCAAGCCCAGCUAUGAUAUUUGUCACUGAUUAUUACCAAUGUCAUAUUGUGAGAAUGAUAGUUGCGAGAUCUUACUAAAUAGAUUCACUGUUGCUAUCGAAGUCAUUCCAAAGUGUAGGUUUAAUAGAGUAAAUGAAAUGUGACCAUAUUUUAUAAGUCAUAUAUCAUCAGUGAUGCUACAGCAUUUAGGCCUAUAUAAUGUUUACAAAGUCAUCAACAACUACUGUUUAAAUUCAACCCAGAAUAGACAACCAAAUAUCAACAUUUGAAGGAGAUGGUUCUUCUGCUUGUAUAGCACCAUCUGUGCCACUGACUUAGUCUGGAUAAUGACUAUUUUGGAUUCACGUCUCCAUCUCAACCAAAAA